UUGGCCCGGCUGCUGGACCCGCGGGGCGGGCACACUUCUGCAGGCAGCGCGAGGAGGAAGAGGGAAAAAAGCUCCUUUGACGUCAGCCACGUCAGAUUUCAGUAUUCCAAGAUGGCGGAGGUGAGCGGGCUGAGGAGCAAAAAUCACUUCGAGCCCAACAGCAAAAGCCGAGACCCAGAUGAAGGUUUUAGUGGGGUGGAAAAUGUCCCGUUUUGCAGGCACAAAAAGAGGCCACCUUUAGCCAGACCUGAAGACCUGGAGGAGGAGCUGCUUCCGCACACCAUGAUGUCCAACUUCGGCAAGAAUGACAGCCUCACCCCGUCACCAGAUGAAGGAAUUGAAGAAGAUAAGGUUCAGUUGGAGGAAGAAAAGGCCCGGCCCAUUCAGAUCGUGCUGACCCACGAGGACGAGCACAGCUUCGAGCUGGACACCGCCGCCCUGGAGAAGAUCCUGCUGCAGGAUCACGUGAAAGACCUGAACGUGGUGGUUGUCUCCGUGGCUGGGGCUUUUCGCAAAGGGAAGUCCUUCCUGCUGGACUUCAUGCUGCGCUAUAUGCACCGUCAGGACGACACAUGGAUGGGAGGCGACGAUGAUCCCCUGACCGGGUUUUCUUGGCGGGGCGGCUGUGAGAGGGAGACCACCGGCAUUCAGGUCUGGAGUGAAGUCUUUGUGGUGGACAAGCCCGACGGGAGCAAGGUGGCUGUGCUCCUGGUGGACACGCAGGGGGCGUUCGACAGCCAGUCCACCAUCAAGGACUGUGCCACCGUGUUCGCCCUCAGCACCAUGACCAGCUCCGUGCAGGUGUACAACCUCUCCCAGAACAUACAGGAGGACGACCUGCAGCAUCUGCAGCUUUUCACGGAAUAUGGCCGGCUGGCAAUGGAGGAGAUCUACUUGAAACCCUUCCAGUCUCUGAUGUUUCUGAUUCGCGACUGGAGCUACCCAUAUGAACACUACUACGGGCCGAAAGGAGGAAACGCCUUCCUGGAGAGACGGCUCCAGGUCAAACAGAACCAGCACGAGGAGCUGCAGAAUGUCCGGAAGCACAUCCACUCCUGCUUCUCCAACAUCGGCUGCUUCCUGCUUCCACAUCCUGGCCUCAAGGUGGCCACCAACCCGUACUUUGACGGCAGGCUGAGAGACAUCGAUGACGAUUUUAAACGGGAGCUGGCCAGCCUGGUGCCUCUCCUCCUCGCCCCGGAACGACUGGUCGUCAAGGAGAUCGGCGGAAACAAAGUCACCUGCAGAGAUCUUCUGGAGUACUUCAAGGCCUACAUAAAGAUCUACCAGGGCGAGGAGCUGCCCCACCCCAAGUCCAUGCUGCAGGCGACAGCAGAGGCCAACAACCUGACGGCCGUGGCGGGAGCCAAAGCCAUGUACAGCAAAAGCAUGGAGCAGAUCUGCGGGGGGGACAAGCCCUACAUCGCCCCGGCCGACCUGGAGCGCUGCCACGACGAGUUCCGCCAGCACGCCGUGGGCCACUUCCGCUCGGUGAAGAAAAUGGGCGGCGACGAGUUCUGCCAGCGCUACCAGAACCAGCUGGAGGCCGAGCUCAACGAGGCCUACGGCAACUUCUCCAAGCACAACGACGGCAAGAACAUCUUCUACGCCGCGCGCACGCCCGCCACGCUGUUCGCCGUCAUGUUCGUCACCUACGUGGCGGCGGGGGUGACGGGCUUCAUCGGCCUCAGCACGCUGGCGGCGCUGGCCAACCUGCUGAUGGGCGCCGCGCUGAUGGCGCUCUGCGCCUGGGCCUACGUCAAGUACUCUGGGGAGUUUCGGGAGCUGGGCGCGCUCAUCGACCAGCUGGCCGACCUGCUGUGGGAACAGGUUUUGAAGCCCCUCAGCGAACAUUACAUGGAGGACAACGUCCGGCAGACGGUGGUCAACUCCAUCAAAGCCAGUCUGACCGAGCAGGGCUCGCAGCACGCCAAGUUAAAGACCCACUGA